CUAAUAGUUAAUACAUUGAUAGACAGUCAAGAAUAAAGAAUUAUACAUAUGUAUUUUAAAUAUUUUAUGCUAUAGUUUAUAGGUAGUAGGUAUCACUCUCGAGAGAUCGAAAUUUAAAAUUGGUCUACACUAUCUAGACUUUCUAUUUCAGUCUAAACUCUUACAAAAAGCUCUACUUUAGAUCUAUAAAGUCAGGUGUUUAGAAACAUGAAAAACUGUAGUUAUACUUCAAAUGAAUCGGAAUUAUCAGAUUCGUCCGUGAAGAGUAGGGCAUGUUUCAGAGUUAGUGUGUGUUUGCGGCGUUAUUUCCAAGAUCAUCGUUCGCGUUGCUACAUGCUAGUGCCGCGGCGUCGACGGGUGAGGUGGUUGGAGAGACGAAUUAAAAAAGUAUUCUCAAUAACUGAUGCUUUCUGUCUGUCUAUUGACGGGCACAUGUUGCCAUCCAGCGAGCCUCUUGCCCUACUCGUUCCAGGAGAGACAAUACAAGUCAUUCCUUUGAAAGAAGAUAGUAAUAUUGAUUAUCUGAGCAAUGGAAAUUCGAAGAGAAUGGAAACCAUCUAUAACAGCAGCUGUGAAAUAACCGCCACCAACUCAAGUCGCGGCAUUUGUGAUAUGACACCAAAUAACCCUUCAGAUAACGACUUGGAGCGAUCCAGUGAAAAGGCCGUUCAGAAUAUUCACUUCCCCCGCCGCGAGGAAGCUGCGUCACCUGAAUCAGUUUCAUCACUACAAAAUGAAAUGGAAGUUACGAAACAAAGUACAUUUGAUGACGCGGACGGCUCCAUAGCUUCAUUGCAACAAAUGAAACAACAGGCAUUAAUGCUGCUCGACGCUGGAACCGAACCGAAGCGCCGAGUGCGUCGCCGCGUUCGUCGUCGUAAGCGUCCCUCUCAGGACCUGUCGGCGCCGUCUCCUCCCCCUCCUCCCCAGGUCCCCGACCUCCCCCCUCCGGUCCGACCGCAUCUCCGCUUCUCCUCUCCGUCCCCGUCUCGUCCCCCUGCCCCCUCCUCACCCGCUACACUGGACGUGGAACGAAACGAGGCGGUGACCGCUCGCUUGCCUCGGGUCAUCAGACCGCUGGCCGCAGAUUGAGUUGGACCUUUCUAAACUUUUAUUUGGCGGUGGGAAGUGGGUGUCAGAGGCGAGGUCUCAUCAAAUCAUUUCGAUGAACGUGAAAGAGCAUUGAAAAGAAAUCUUAGUCGAACGAAACUAUUUUGUAACCUAAGUUCAUGACUUUUAAAAUAAAUGACCUUAAAGAAAUGUGUAAGCUUA